AUGCCGUUCGCCCUACCCAAAAAAGCACUCUUCGCUAAACCGAAGAUGCGUGCAAAACUACCCACAAAGAUUGGCAACUUCGCGGCUAAUACAGGCUUUUGCACAUUGUUCCUCGUCGGCAACUACUACACGGCGAGGGCAAUAGACCGGUACGGACCCGCCGAUACCCUCAUUCGGCCAUAA